GUUCCCUCUUCCAUCCAAGAUUACGUUUCAAGCGGACGAACUCCGAAGGUCGAAUUAGAGAUCUCUUUCAACGUCCGCUUACCACAGGAUUGGUACCAUGCUGCACUCAUUCAAGUAAAGAGAGAACCAUCAACCAUGGUCGAUUUAAGGUUCUCAAACUGAACAUUUCUGCGUUCCAACCCCAAAGAAUUUUCCUCAACGGUCAUCCAAUGAAUCAACGCAGUUGCAGCCUUGAAAAAUGCGAAACUGCAUCAAAACAUCCAACAAGCGACCCUCCUAUUUCAUGCCGAGAGGUCAGGCGAAAAAUAGAAGAAUGGGGAAGUGCGAAAGUCCGACCGAAGUCCCGUCCGAGCCUCGGUUCAGCACACGCAGGCACACAGAACAGGGCUCAGCUUUCCGCUUGUGCGCGCGGGACCCUUCAAUUAGCCAACACAAACAUUCAAACAUUCCUCCUCCAACACCACCAAUCUUUCCAGAGAUUCUUUUCUGAUUCGUCCUUUUUUUUUGAUCUCCUGUCGUCGUCAUGUCUUCCGGUACCACUCCAGGUGCGAAGAUCAAUCAGAAACUUGAUGUUCUCCCACCGGUCAUCGCGGACAAGCUACCCCACGUUCCCGAGUCCAAAGCCGAAUUGAAGGAAGAUGCAAAAGUCGCGGGCCAAAACUCCCUCCAGGGACUGAGGAGCCUGGUAGCUGGAGGCUUUGGAGGGGUAUGUGCUGUAGUUGUUGGACAUCCAUUUGAUUUGGUCAAAGUCCGUCUGCAGACCUCGGAGAAAGGUGUCUACAGCGGGGCAAUGGAUGCAGCAAGAAAAGGUAUCGCGAGAGAUGGUCUAAGAAGAGGGUUGUAUGCUGGUGUUAGUGCGCCUUUGGUGGGAGUGACUCCUAUGUGUAAGUUUCUCUCUUAUUGUCCUUAUCGCUUGCGCUCAGGAUUUGGUUACUGACAUAAAAUACACAGUCGCCGUCUCAUUCUGGGGAUACGACGUCGGAAAAGGCCUCGUCCGUCAAUUUUCUACCGCUCACAACGAUCAGCUCUCAAUAGCGCAAGUCUCAGCCGCUGGUUUCUUCUCCGCCAUCCCCAUGACCGCUAUCACCGCCCCCUUCGAGCGAGUAAAGGUUCUUCUCCAAGUCCAAGGGCAAAAGACAUUAGCACCAGGCGAGAAACCAAAAUACAGCGGUGGAGUAGACGUCGUACGUCAAUUAUACAAAGAAGGAGGUUUCCGUUCGGUAUUCCGUGGUUCAACUGCGACUUUGGCUAGAGAUGGUCCUGGUUCAGCCGCAUAUUUCGCAACUUACGAGUACAUCAAAAGACGACUUACACCCGUGGACCCGGUGACUGGGAAAGCGAGUGGGGAUUUGAGUCUUACUGCCAUUACAUGCGCAGGUGCAGCUGCUGGUGUAGCUAUGUGGAUCCCAGUUUUCCCAGUCGAUACCGUCAAGAGCAGACUGCAAACCAUGGAGGGGAAGCCAACCGUGGGUGGUAUCAUCAGCUCUCUAUAUAAAGCUGGCGGAUAUAAGGCCUUCUUCCCUGGAUUUGGACCAGCAAUCGCAAGAGCUAUCCCAGCUAACGCUGCGACGUUCUUGGGUGUUGAACUGGCACAUCAAUUCAUGAAUAAGACAUUUGGAUGAGGAGAACGCGGAUAGAUAACGCAACAGCAUCACGGACAGGCGAAUCUGGACCGGCAAAUGGUGGGAACGUGUAUGAUUUAGGGUAUUUGCAUUAUAGCGCAAGGAAAGCAUGCAUCUUUGAAAGAAUCGUGGGCAUCCAUAGCUAGUUAUCAUAGAACUUUUACACACACAAACGCACUAGUUCCCC